GUCUUCUUCUUCUUCUAUGGUGUAUGAUGAUAACGAGCAACAGCAGCAUUGUAAGAAUGAUGGUAGCUGCUCGUCAUCGUAUGUUGUUGGUCAUCAUGCAAUGAAUUCUAUAUUAUAUGCUAAUAAGAAAGCUGAUGAAUAUAGAAGGCAUCUAGGUCUAACACAAGAUACUCGUGCUACUGUUGAUAAUGUAUUAGAUCCACGUACUAUUAAUAUACUUAAUAAGAUGCGUAAUAGAGGUGUAUUUACUGAUGUAUCUGGUACUAUAUCUACUGGUAAAGAAGCUAAUGUAUAUUAUGCUACUACUACUACUACUGAUGAUACCUAUAGUGAUGAACUUACUAAUGGUGGUGGAUUGGCACUUAAAGUCUAUAAGACUAGUAUAUUGGUAUUCAAGGAUAGAUCUAAAUAUGUUGAAGGUGAAUAUAGAUUUAGGAAGGGUUAUUGUAAAAGUAAUCCACGUAAAAUGGUUACUAUGUGGGCUGAAAAAGAGAUGAGAAAUCUUAAACGACUUAAUAUGUAUAAUAUACCAUCACCUAAUGUUAUUGAAUGUCGUAAUAAUGUAUUAGUUAUGGAAUAUCUUGGUAGUGAUGCUACUCAUUCAUAUCCAAGAUUAAAAGAUAUAUCUAAUAGUAUGGUCAUGGAUAUCUAUAUACAGGUUAUUACAAUAAUGAGAGUUAUGUUCAAUAAAUGUCAUCUAGUUCAUGGUGACUUAUCUGAGUUUAACUUAUUAUUAUCUCCUCAAGGUGUGGUAUAUGUUAUUGAUGUAUCACAAUCUGUUGAACAUGAUCAUUAUCAAGCAUUAGAUUUCCUUAAAAGGGAUAUAGUCAACAUAACACGUUUCUUUCGUAAGACUAUGAUUAACGAACAUCAUCAUGAUCAUCAUGAUGAUCAACAUCAACAUCAACUACAUCUUCUACAUGUAAAUACUCUCUUUGAC